UAACAAAAGUAUUUUUAUUUAGAAAAAGUCUUAAAAACCGCCUUUAAAACAAGAUGGCAAACACUGAUCUUGAAACUGGUCUUAAAAAUGUCAAUAAUGUUGUGUUUUGUGAAAACACCCAGCAGUCGCAAGCUCACUAUAGGAAGUGGAGCGCACAGUACGAUAACGACAUGGACGUGCUUGGUGUCUCAUACAGCUCAAAAGUCGUGGAUAUGUUCGAGAAACACGUGACGGAGUUGGACAAUUUAAAAGUUUUGGACCUUGGCGGGGGCACUGGGACGGCGUCUUUCAACCUUCGAAACCGUCUUAACUUUAAAGGAGAAAUUGACAUUCUAGAUGCCAGUAUGAGUAUGUUAUACGAAGCAAGCCAAAAAGAUGUCGGGUUUAGAAAUAUUCUUUGUCAUUUCGUUACCGACAGCGGGGAACUACCUUUUCGUGACGAAACAUAUGACGUCAUAAUCAGCUCGGGGGCUUUUUUGCCAAACCAUAUUCCCGCGUCUUCUAUUUUUGGGGUAAUCAACGCAUUAAAACGUGGCGGACUUUUAAUGCUGACAAGAAGAUUGCAAACAAACGAAGAAUACGGCGAAGAAUUCGUUGCAAAUGUGGAGAAAUUAUGCAAAGAAAAGAAACUUAAAUUCGUCGACAGAAUGGAGUACAUUCACUUUACUAAUAUAGAACAUAAGUUUCAAUCAGGUGGCUUCGUUUAUCAACGGUUGUAAUUUAAUUGCUGUUAAAAUACUAGAGAGCUUUGAUUAGAAAAUUACUACUGAUGUCUCUCUAUUGUAAAUUGUAUUAAAAUUUUAGGUGAAAUAAAUACCAGUAGUAAA